AUGACCACCAGAGCUGCAGCUUCUUGGCUUGUAUCUCCACCACGAUGCAUUCAUGCCUCUAGUAUACGUUCUGGUGAGCCAUCGCUCACCAGGUCUGCCUCGUAUUUGCAUUCCCUCGUUGAAUCCGACAACGCUCUCAAAUCCUCCGACGCGUCUUCCCCUGCAUUGACAUCCAAAUCGUCCAAACUACGGCCUCGUCACAAAUUGGCAUCAUCGGUUUCAUCAGAUCCAGGCCCUUCCACUUUUCCGAACCCCUCGACCAAAAAUCUCAAGCGGAAACCUCAUGUACCAGCAAAACCACUCUCGAAGCCAAAUUUGGUGGUAGAGACUCUCCGGCACAAGCUCAAUCAAAUGGUCGCAAGAGACCCACCCUCCACAGAAGCAACUUCGAAGCCUCCAGAGCAGACUCCGAAGUUUGCUGCAAACCAUGAAUCCCCGUCGUCGUCCGGUGAAGAUUAUUCACCCAUGUCAAAAUUUCGCUACUCCACGGACUCUCAGGUGCAAAAGUCACAGCUAAUAACAUCUGAAAUAGACCGUCCUCCUCCUCCUCAUGCUCCGCCCACAUCAUUUUUGUCCGAGGGCAAAAGUGUGGAAGAAACUGGGUCUGUAUUGAAAGAUGUUGCUCCCAUUUCAGAGCACAAUCCUAUUGCUACGCUAUCGCAUGGAUUGGAUCGCGUUCUUUUCAAUCCAGGUGUCCAUUGGCUGCAAGAUCCACGAUCACACGUCUAUAACUUCACACCGUGGCUAGAAAAGAUCCCCAAAGUCAAUGACUUUGCUUUUGAAAGGCUUACAGGUUUUAUUAGUAGUUCUCGGGACAAGGAUUUACACAUAAUGGCUACCCGAGAACAAAAAAAAUUUGCUGGGUCAACCUCUUCGUUGUCUGGGAUGCUCAGUCAUAUCUAUUUUCUAUUAACGGAAUAUAAAGAAAUCGACGCCACUAUUUUAAGCCAGUAUUUUAAACACGAACCUACAACUUUUACUCCAGGCCAGCGCAUGCCUGCCAUGGUCAAGCUGAACUACGAAGAUGGAAUUUAUGCCAUUGACUCUAUGUCAACUGAAUGGGACGAUCCAGACAGAAAUAUCUUGACUUGGAUGGGUACGCUUCUGGAAAAUUUUGUGACCAAAUCUCCAGAAGAAUUCAAUGCCUUCAUGAGAGUGGAGUCAUCUCCUGUCGAAAAUGAAGCAGUUCCGCCUCCGAAGAAAGAAGCAUAUCGGUACGCUAAGUCCGAUAAAUUUGUCAUGCGUUCACAAUUGGAUUGCGUUGAUUCUCGAUUACCCGGGACAGGCGUUUUUGAUAUCAAAACGCGUGCUUGUGUCUCAAUCCGUAUGGAUAUUUUGAACUACGAAGAGAACGCAGGUUACAUGAUCAAAAAACAACAUGGUGUACUUGAAAGUUUUGAGAAGGAAUACUAUGAUUUAAUUCGCUCCGCGUUUUUGAAGUAUAGUUUCCAAGUCAGGAUUGGCAACAUGGACGGUGUCAUGGUCGCGUACCACAAUACGGAGCGAAUUUUUGGCUUCCAGUAUAUUUCGCUGGACGAAAUGGACGAGCGGCUACUUGGAUCAGUGCCGGGAGUUGGGAACAAGCUUUUCAACCAUUGCAUAAGAUUGCUCGAAGCAAUUCUUGAAGAGGCGGUAAAGUGUUAUCCUGGACAGUCGCUGCAAUGUGUAGUUGAAACGCCCCAACCCGGUAAAUUGCUUGGAAUCUACAUCCAACCUGCUGAAUGGAGUGGCGAGGGUGAGAAACCUAUAAAGAAACUCCAUGUUACCGUUGAACAUAAGCUCAAUGGUGUACCGGCUCGACCGAACGCGGCGUUGGGAGCAAUCGAGGCGAAAUGGGACAUUAAUUACAAAAUCGAACGCGUCGACCUUUCACAGGAACUGCUUUGGUCAGACUACAAUUCGAUGCUCAAGCGCAAGAAACGGACACUCUCGCUUCCUUCAUCGGUGUCUCUUGAAGACGCAGAGAAGUACUGGGAGAAUCUCAGCUUUAAUAAGGCCAACGAAACGGUCUCGAAGGCCUUCAAUGCUGACUCAUUUACGUUGGCACAGGAAUCCGUCGAAAAAUACCGCAGGCUUGCAAGAGCUGGCAGGAAGGAGAUGGAGAGAAAAGAGCAGCUUUUGGCUGGAUUGCCGAAAAUUGUGUAUGGCCAAGGCGUUUACAUUCCACAGAUCAGUCCGUUCUUCCCAGAACCAUCUCGUGUGAAGUCUGAGCAGGUAGCUGUCGAACGUCAAGUAUCGUCCACGGAACAGUCUUUUGUACCACAGGAAUCAUCGACGGGAAAUGAGAAAGGAGAAUCUGUGGAAACUCAGCCACCUGUCGAACAGAAUACGGAUCUACCUGUAGAAUCAUCAAAAGACAUGUCUGUGGCACGGCCAGCAGGCAGUGAUAUUCAAAACAAAUAA